AAGAUGGCGGAGGGAGGAGCGGCUGAUCUAGAAACUCAAAGAGGAGAGGUCGCAGCGCUGCUGAAAACUCAGCUACGAAAGGGAGAUACUUGGUAUUUAGUUGACAGCCAUUGGUUUAAACAGUGGAAGAAAUAUGUGGGAUUUGACAGCUGGGACAAAUACCAGAUGGGAGACCAGAAUGUCUACCCAGGACCAGUGGACAACUCAGGCCUCCUGAAAGAUGGUGAUGUACUUGCCAUCAAGGAACAUCUUAUUGAUGAGUUGGACUAUAUCCUUGUUCCCACUGAGGGCUGGAACAAGUUAGUGAGCUGGUAUGGGCUCACAGAGGGCCAGGAGCCAAUUGCUCGAAAAGUGGUGGAACAGGGUAUGUUUGUGAAGCACUGCAAGGUGGAGGUCUACCUCACUGAACUGAAGCUAUGUGAAGACAGUAAUAUGGAAAAUGUCGUCACUAGGCGUUUCAGCAAAGCAGACACAAUAGACACCAUUGAAAAGGAGAUGCGCAAACUCUUCAGCAUUCCUGAUGAGAAAGAGACCAGGUUGUGGAAUAAAUAUAUGAGUAACACAUUUGAGCCUCUGAACAAACCAGACAGCACCAUUCAAGAUGCUGGUCUCUACCAAGGCCAGGUCCUUGUCAUAGAGCAGAAGAAUGAGGAUGGAACAUGGCCGCGAGGUUCCUCCACACCCAAGUCAUCUGGUGCUUCAAAUCUCUCUGCUUUACCAAAGAUCUCCCCUUCAUCUCUCACAAACAAUCAUAACAGCAGCUUCAGCAGCAGGAAUGUAAAAAACUCUAGCUAUAGCCUUCCGUCCUAUCCUCCUUAUAACAGCUAUGAUUACUCAGAUCAUAGCAGGCACAGUGAACGUCCAGGCCUCUGUGGACUCUCCAACCUGGGAAACACCUGCUUCAUGAACUCAGCCACACAGUGUUUAAGCAAUAUACCUCCGCUCACGGAAUACUUCCUGAAAGAUAAAUACCAAGAUGAACUGAACGAGGACAACCCUUUGGGAAUGAAAGGGGAGAUUGCCAAAGCGUAUGCUGAGCUCAUCAAACAGCUCUGGUCUGGCAAAUACAGCUACGUGACGCCGCGGCCUUUCAAGACCCAGGUAGGCCGAUUUGCUCCUCAGUUCUCAGGCUACCAGCAGCAGGAUUCUCACGAGCUCCUUGCUUUCUUAUUGGAUGGUCUUCAUGAGGACCUAAACAGAAUCAGGAAAAAACCCUACAUCCAACUCAAAGAUGCUGAUGGAAGGCCAGACAAGGUUGUUGCUGAGGAGGCUUGGGAGAACCACAUCAAAAGAAAUGACUCCAUCAUAGUCGACAUUUUCCAUGGUCUCUUCAAAUCAACCUUGGUCUGCCCUGUUUGUUCUAAGGUCUCAGUGACCUUUGACCCUUUCUGCUACCUGACCCUCCCUCUGCCUAUGAAAAAGGAACGCACUUUGGAGGUCUACUUGGUGCGAUUAGACCCCCUUGCCAAACCCACUCAGUACAAACUGACUGUGCCCAAAGUGGGCUAUAUCUCUGACCUCUGUGCUUCACUCUCUGCCCUGUCUGGUGUUCCUGCUGAGAGGAUGAUUGUUACAGACAUCUACAACCAUCGUUUCCAUAGAAUCUUUGCAACCAAUGAAAACCUUAGCAGUAUAAUGGAGCGGGAUGACAUCUAUGUUUUUGAAGUGGCCGUGAAUCGGUUGGAGGACACGGAUCAUGUGGUCAUUCCUGUGCACCUGAGAGAGAAGUAUAAGCAGUCUGGGUAUAACCACACCAGCACGCCGCUCUUUGGCCAGCCCUUUCUCAUCACUGUACCACGCACCCUGAGUGAGGACAAGUUCUACAACCUGCUGCUGAUGCGUCUGUGUCGUUAUGUACGCUCUGCCCUGGAUGACGAGGAGUCUGAUGACACUCACUCCUCUAAACAGCACACCAUCAAUGGCAAUACCACCAAUGGUCUAUUGGAGGAGGGCUCACCCAGUGAAAUGGAGACUGAUGAACAGGAUGAUGAGUCCAGUCAAGAUCAAGAGCUCCCCUCUGAAAAUGACAAUAGCCAAUCAGAGGACUCUGUGGGUGGAGACAAUGACCUUGAGAAUGGUGUUGGCCCAGAGAACUUGACCAAAAGCCAACAGCUGACAGGCCAUAAAAAGCGUCUUUUUACAUUCCAGUUUAACAACAUGGGAAAGACAGAUCUUAGUUUCAUCAAGGAAGAACCACGACAGAUCAGAUUUGACGAGGGACACCUUCGACUCAGCGAUAGAUCCUAUCUCUCACUGGACUGGGAACCAGAAAUGAAAAAGAAAUAUUUUGAUGAAAGUGUAGCAGAGGACUUUGAGAAGCAUGAGAGCAUGGAGUACAAACCUCAAAAGAAAGCCUUCUUUAAACUUAAAGACUGCAUUGAGCUCUUCACUACUAAAGAGAAGCUUGGAGCAGAGGAUCCAUGGUACUGUCCUAAUUGCAAGCAGCAUCAGCAGGCCACGAAAAAGCUGGACCUGUGGUCUUUGCCGCCGGUUUUGGUAGUCCACUUAAAGCGCUUCUCCUACAGCCGCUACAUGAGAGACAAGUUAGAUUCCCUGGUGGAUUUCCCUCUCAGUGAUCUUGACAUGUCGGAGUUCCUCAUUAAUCCCAAUGCUGGCCCAUGCCGCUAUGACCUCAUCGCUGUGUCCAACCACUAUGGAGGAAUGGGAGGAGGGCAUUACACUGCUUAUGCAAAAAACAAAGAUGAUGGGAAGUGGUACUACUUUGAUGACAGCAGCGUGUCUCCAGCCAAUGAGGAUCAGAUUGUGUCCAAGGCGGCAUACGUGCUGUUCUAUCAGCGUCAGGACACAGUCAAGGGAACAGGUUACUUUCUCCUGGACCGUGAGGACCAUGACGAACAGGAAAGUAGUUCUGCCCAGGGAGCAACUGUCCAGAGCGAAGAGGAUGAGGAUGAAGAGGAAGACCUGAAUGACAAUGAAAAUGAUGAGGAAGAAGAGGACCCAGAACCUAACCACGACAUCACCAUGAACACCAACUGAGGAGGGAGGGAUCCUGGGUACAGGGGGACAUCCAAAGCCAUAUCCGCAUCUAUCAGUACAGACAGGCGCCGGACAGCUCGGCUCACAGCGGAGAGUGUCCGUCAGGGUCCAGACACAGAGGGACUGUUCUGGAACGGCCAAGAUGAGGAGUCAGGGCCCCUGUCAGUGGUCUCCAAAUGUGUCUCAUGUUUUCAUCUUUAAUUUUCACUGGAUUUUUCCACUCAUUGGGCAAACUAAAGCUUUGAACCCCUUAAAACAACAAAAAAAAGCAAGAGUGAUGAAGUUGAGGCAUGUCAGUGCCUAAAAAUAUCCUAGUGUAUAAUUUUUGAAAAUAUUGCGCUUUUUGGUUUUUCCCUCCUGAUUAGUUUUGUUUUUAUAUUGCAAGA